UUUAAUUUUUUUAAUUUAUUUUUUCUCUAGCAAUGAUUGUGCCGAUUCUAUAGAGCUGCAGGACUUCAAUAUUUAAUAUAUAUAUCGCAGUGAAAUUUAUUUUUGUUUAAGUUUCUUGAUGAAAUUUAACUUUUUGUCAUAAGGUACCAGCUUCAGAGGACUUUAUUUUGACCAACUCAGGGGAUUUUAUUUUGAAGAGACGUUUGAACUACAAUGUUGCCCCGAGGUACAACUUUGUUGUGACGGCGCGGGUAAGUGAAAGUAUAUAUGGACUCAUCUUCUGAUGGUACAGGAUUGUAAAGAGCCUUGAUAACAUGAACACCUGAUCGAUCUGUGUUCGCUGCAGGAUAACUGGGGGUUAAACGACAUGGCCAGCGUGCAGAUCAACGUGGUUGACUUCGAUAACUUGAAUCCCUUUUUCAGCCACAGCGUGUACCAGGCUUUUAUUCCAGAGAACCAGAUUGGGUCUUUCCGAUCAAUUGAGCCAGAGGCGAUAAAGGCUCAGGACGGAGAUAGUGGGAUCAACAUGACUUUAAUUUACAGCGUCACUGCAGUGUCUCCAGACAAAUAUCUGAGUCAGUUCAGCAUUAAUCUCAGCAGCGGGGUUGUGUCUGUGCUGGCUGGGAUCGACAGAGAGGAGAUGAACAGCAGCGUGAUCUCUGUCAGCAUUAAGGCGGCACAGACAGAUGACAGCUCAAAGACUGCGGAGGCUGUGGUGUCUGUCACUGUUGAGGAUGUGAAUGAUAAUCCUCCAGAGUUUGACCAGCCUGAAUACUCUGUUACACUUCUGGAAAACUCUCCUGUUGGUGCUGUCGUGUUCAAAGCCGUCGUCACUGACGUGGACCAGGGAGGAUUUGUGGGAACUUUGCGGAUCCUUCCAGAAUCUGUUCCGUUCUCCAUUGGUUCUGACGGGACGGUCAGAGUGGAGAACUCCACGGCUCUGGACAGAGAGGCGAUCGCACGUUUUACAUUUCAGAUUGAAGCAAGAGAGACGAAUCCACCAAACCGUGUUGCAGUGGUGCAAGUCACUGUAACUCUUUUGGACGAGAAUGACAACAGUCCUGUGUUCACCAGUCACAAAUACGAGGGGAAAGUGUUUGCAAAUCAGACAGAGGGAAUGUCCCUGGUCCAGGUUAAGGCAGAAGAUCCAGAUGCGGAUGAGAACGGGCAGAUCAAAUACUUUAUUGACUUUGGAAACAAUGAUGACUACUUCUCAAUCGGAGAAGACACUGGCGACAUCAGGCUGGCUAAAGUCAUUCCCCUGGUGGAGAACACGAUUUUGCAGUUCCCUCUCUACAUAACGGCCAGAGACGGGGGCACCAUAUCCCGCUCCUCUUCAGCACAGGUGAACAUUCGUGCUCCGGGUAACUCAAACCCUCAGUUUAUACAGAAGGUGUACCAUGGCACUGUAAAAGAAGAGCAGGAUCCAGGAGUAUUGAUUCUUACGGUGACCUUCUACGCAUUACCAACUGAGACUCCUGACUUCACAAUUCACUCUGAAGCCGACAAGUUCUCCAUCUCCUCCAGCGGUGAAUUCAGCACUAGAGUGAAGCUCGACUAUGACGAGGCUCCUCACAACUACUCUGUGGAAAUCUCCAUAUCUGACGGGGUCACCAGCGACCGUGCAGUGGUGGAGGUUCAGGUCAAUGACGUCAAUGAUAACAGUCCUGUUUUUACCUCCAGUUCUGUCACCAAGUCAGUCCCAGAGGACGCAGAGGUUGGGUCCAAUGUUACCGCUGUUGCAGCCACAGACAAAGACAGCAGCUUCAACAAAGAGAUCAGGUACUCUCUGAGAGGAGGAGAGGGGAGGUUCUCUGUCCACCCUCUGUCUGGGAUGGUGAGUGUGGCGGCAGAAUUUGAUAGGGAGACCACGGCAGAGUACAACCUGCUGGUGGUGGCUGAAGAUCAGGGUCGUCCAGUCCGCUCGGCCACAGCCUCCCUGCUGGUCCUCGUGUCCGACAUUAACGAUAACGUCCCAGCGUUCUCACAGACCGAGUAUCCGGUGGAAGUCUCCGAGGUUUCACCAGUGAGCUCUUUGGUGCUCACGUUAUCAGCUGCAGAUCCCGAUGAAGGAGCCAACGGGAGGGUUACGUACAGUGUUUUCCAGCAGAGUCCGUCAUCAGACCCUCCUGUUUUUGAGCUGGACUCUUCCAGCGGGGCUCUGCGGCUGUCUCAGCCUCUGGACUACAGCCAGGUGAAGGAGUACAGACUCCUGGUUCAGGCCUCUGACGGAGGGACUCCCCCUCUGGUUGGAAACAGCUCUGUGGUGGUGAAGGUGAAGGACGUGAACAACAACCCGCCUGAGUUCAGUAAGGAGAGCUACGAAGUGGCCGUCUCUGAGAACCUGGCCAGCGGAGCGUCCAUCCUGACCCUGGAGGUCACCGACAGGGACCAGGGAGGAUUUGUGGGAACGCUGCGGAUCCUUCCACAAUCUGCUCCUUUCUCUGUCAGCUCUGAUGGGACGAUCAGAGUAACAAACUCCACAGCUCUGGACAGAGAGACUACUGAGAGCAUCGCCUUUCAGGUUGAAGCGAUGGAGACGGAACCUCCCAAACACGUUACGACUGCGAAUGUGACCGUGACUCUUCUGGACGAGAACGACAACAGCCCUAAAUUCACCAGCAGCGAGUACGAGAGCAAAGUUUUCACCAAUCAGACGGAAGGGAUGCUGCUUGUGAAGCUUGAGGCAGAAGAUCCAGAUGCAGGAGUCAACGGACAGAUCAAAUACUCCAUCAACUUUGGGGAUCCAAACGGCUUCUUCUCCAUUGAUGAGAACAGCGGAGCAAUCACUCUGACCAAAACUAUUCCAGUGGACGCUCAUCAAACCACAGAGUUCUUACUGUUUGUUACAGCCAAAGAUGGAGGCGUAGUGUCCCGCUCCACCUCAGCGCAGGUGGAGAUUCUCGCUGUUGGAGACACAAAACCACAGUUCACUCAGAGCAGCUACAGCUGCACCACAGACGAAGAGAGAGACCCAGGAACGGUGAUCCUCAAGGUGGACUUCCUUGCAAAAGGAGAGAUUCCUGUGACACUUUGUGUUGAGACAGAAGCCGACAAGUUCUCCAUCUCCUCCAGCGGUGAAUUCAGCACUAGAGUGAAGCUCGACUAUGACGAGGCUCCUCACAACUACUCUGUGGAAAUCUCCAUAUCUGACGGGGUCACCAGCGACCGUGCAGUGGUGGAGGUUCAGGUCAAUGACGUCAAUGAUAACAGUCCUGUUUUUACCUCCAGUUCUGUCACCAAGUCAGUCCCAGAGGACGCAGAGGUUGGGUCCAAUGUUACCGCUGUUGCAGCCACAGACAAAGACAGCAGCUUCAACAAGGAGAUCAGGUACUCUCUGAGAGGAGGAGAGGGGAGGUUCUCUGUCCACCCUCUGUCUGGGAUGGUGAGUGUGGCGGCAGAACUUGAUAGGGAGACCAUGGCAGAGUACAACCUGCUGGUGGUGGCUGAAGAUCAGGGUCGUCCAGUCCGCUCGGCCACAGCCUCCCUGCUGGUCCUUGUGUCCGACAUCAACGAUAACGUCCCAGCGUUCUCACAGACCGAGUAUCCGGUGGAAGUCUCCGAGGUUUCACCAGUGAGCUCUUUGGUGCUCACGUUAUCAGCUGCAGAUCCCGAUGAAGGAGCCAACGGGAGGGUUACGUACAGUGUUUUCCAGCAGAGUCCGUCAUCAGACCCUCCUGUUUUUGAGCUGGACUCUUCCAGCGGGGCUCUGCGGCUGUCUCAGCCUCUGGACUACAGCCAGGUGAAGGAGUACAGACUCCUGGUUCAGGCCUCUGACGGAGGGACUCCCCCUCUGGUUGGAAACAGCUCUGUGGUGGUGAAGGUGAAGGACGUGAACAACAACCCGCCUGAGUUCAGUAAGGAGAGCUACGAAGUGGCCGUCUCUGAGAACCUGGCCAGCGGAGCGUCCAUCCUGACCCUGGAGGUCACCGACAGGGACCAGGGUGGAUUCUCCAACGGUUACUUCAUCUACACCAACGACACCUUUGACAUUAACAAAGAAGGUGUAGUCUCGCUGAGGAAGGACGUCACCUUGGACAGAGAGACAAAGGACAGCUACGUAUUCCAGGUGGUGGCGGUGGAUCAGGUCCCUGACGGUCUCAGUUCCACAGCUCAGCUCAACAUCACCAUCCUAGACUACAACGACAACGCCCCACAGUUCCCGAACAUCCCGGACCCCCUCGAGAUCCCCGAGGGCGACUACUCUGAGAAAAAUCCGGGAGAAGUUUUCUCCAUUGUGCCCACGGACGCCGACCUCGGCCCGAACGGAGAGGUCACCCUCUCCCUCUCCUCCCCUCACCCACUCUUCAGAUUCAGAGAGGAUGGGAUGCUGCUGGCGGUUGGUACUUUGGAUCGGGAGAGCAGAGAAACAUAUGAGCUGCUGGUGAAGGCUACAGACAGAGGCAGCCCACAGAGAGAGAACGUCACCACCAUCAGAGUUCGUCUCAUCGACGUCAACGACAACACGCCUGAGUUCAGCUCCAGCAGCUUCGUCAGCAGCGUCCUCCUGAAAGAUGCAGCGGAUGGGAAGCUGCUGCUGACGCUGUCCGCCACCGACAAGGACGCCGGGAACAACUCGCUCCUCAGCUACAGCUUCUCUGCAGGAAGUUCUCCAUAUUUGGCCUUAGACAGUGAGACCGGGGACGUGACCUUGACCUCUGAGGUUGCUGAUGUCACAGAGGACACCACGCUGGUGCUGACAGCGAAGGCUGAAGAUCACGGCAAGCCUCCUCUGAGCUCCACAGCUCGUGUCGUGGUGAACCUGCGGUUGGUCAGUCUGGUGGAGGUCGUGGCCUUCUGGAGCUCCUCCUACAACUUCAGCCUGCCUGAGAACGGGCCGGCGGAGACGCUGGCGGGGGAGGUCAUGGCGUCCUCGGGAAGCGACCUGUACGAUGUCGCCUACACACUGAAAACACACACCGACCUGUUCUCCGUGGACGCCGGCGGAGCCGUCCGGACCCGAGCACCGCUGGACAAAGAAGAGCAGGAGUGGUAUUUUCUAGAUGUGGAGGCAGUGGACACCAGGACCCCCCCAACAUCAGCAGUCACAAUGGUCAGAGUUCAGGUGGAGGACGUGAACGAAGCUCCGCAGUUCCUCUCUGAGGAUUAUAAAGCUUCUGUGUUCAGCAUUGCCCCGUACAAAACCUCCGUCAUCAGUGUCAAGGCUUCAGACCCGGACGUGGGUGAAGAGGGUCAGCUGGUCUACAGUCUGACAGGAGGCCAUCCGUACUUUGACGUGGAUCCGUCCUCGGGUCUGGUGUACGUGGUCUCAGCCGAGGCUCUGGCCGGAACGACGGCUGGAGUGGAGGUGAAGGUUGAAGACCCCAGAGGGCUCCAUGCUACGAUCUCAGUGGAGGUGGAGGUGAAGGGCAGUGUAAGCAGCGGCGACAUCGUGGUCAUCUCCCUCAACCAGCCGGCCAACCUGGUGGAGGAGAAAGUCCCAGAGCUGGAGGAGGCUUUGGGUGCAGCUCUGGGCUGGACGGUGAGCAUCACAGAGGUGUCGAACGCUAACGGAGGAUCUUCAGGGUCCAGAACUCUGAGAGCCGCCAAGAAGACGCUGGUCAGCUUCAUCAGCUUAGACGGACAAGAAGUCGUCUCUUCUGAACACGUCACAAAGAAGCUGCAGAGCCAGUCAGCGUCUGUGAUGGUGGAGCUGGUCCAGGUGUUCGGGGACGGGCUUCAUUUUGACGUGGAGAUAAAACCUGUAGGCCCCGCCUCCAACCAAGCCGUGGUCAUCGCUCUGGCCGUGCUGCUGGCCCUGAGCCUGCUGGGACUGGUCCUUGUUGCUGCCUUCAUCAUUAGGUUCAAACUGAGGCAAAAACAUGAGGAGGAUUCUGACAAAGAGAUUCUUUACAUCGACCGACCUUCUGCAGAUCACAUGAACUCUUCUCAGGAGAUUCUCAAAGCAUUUGAAAAGGGACGGAUGGGGACAGGAGAGAGGGCAGAGACGGACAGAGACAGUGUGAGGUCUGAAGAGGCCAAACAGACGGAGGACGGGGAUGGAAAUGAAAGCCGCACGUCUUCUCUCUGAAAGCUGCAGAGUGCCGCUAAAAUAAUUACAGACUUAAUUAUAUUUCGUUUAUACUUUUGCUUCAGAAUAUUUUAAUUUAACAGCCUUUAUGCCAAGAUACAUUUCUAAACUCAAAUACUUUAAUUUGAUGCCUAAAAGUAAAGAUGAGUCAGUUUUCUGUGACCUCAUGUCCUUCCUGUUUGUUUUAUUUAUUUCCUUCAUGUGGCUGCACAAGCUGUGAGUCUGUUUUAAGAAAUGGCACUUUAAUCAAGACAUUUAUUUUGGUGACGGUUAAAAUGCUCCAACUGUAUUUCAGAUUUUAUAUUGUAAGAAAGUUUUGCUGUUAACACUUAUUCUUUUUUCUCUGUCUGUAAAACUAAACUUAUCUUUCACGUGAUAUUGUGUUCCUGUGUCACUUUUAAGUUUUGUUUUUAUGCUCAUUUUCGAUGCACUUUAUUGGCAAAAGAAAAUGUAAAUAACAUGAAUGCAGCUCUGCAGUGGAACUGGAACAUGAAACCACCACAAUAAACAAUCUGUACAGAUCAACUCAACGUUUUGUGUCACGUUGGAAUUUUUAUUUUUCUAAUAAUUUCAAAAUGUGAAAUCUGUUUCUGUACCUGGAAAAAAUACAGAAAAAUAAAUAAAUAAUUCAAGAAAAAAUAUACUGUAAAAAGCUGAUAAAAAUAAAAGUAACAACUGAAAAAACUAAAAUAAAUAAUUAUAGAAAUAUAUAAAUGCUUGGAAUGGGUCGGUUGGUUGAUACGUCUGUUGGCCAAUGUUGUCCAAAAAUGACCCCCUCAAAAAAAUGGCACGCUAUAGCAUGUUGAUUUUUGUCCAAAAAUGGUCAGAAUUUAAAAUUCCUAAAAAUUCUUCAAAUUGGUCAAUUUACUACAUUUAGUCAUGUAGUAGUAUAAAUAGACUAAAACUAGUGGAAAAAAACACCAUAUUAUGGGAUGUCCAAAAAUGCCCCCCUCAAAGUCUAGUUUUAAAAUGCCUAAAAAUGCUUCAAAUGGCCCAAUAAUAGUCUUUUGAUGCAUAUUAGAGCAUCAAAUGGCCAGAAUUGAAAGAAUAACACCAUAUUAUGGGAUGUCCAAAAAUGACCCUCUCACAAAAAAAAGUUGUACUGUAGCAUGUCGUUUGUCAAAAAUGGUUAAAUUCUAAAAUGCCUAAAAAUACUAGAAAUGUCCUUAUAAAACUCCAGAGCAUAACAUGGCCAGAAAUGACAGAAAAACAUAUUAUGGGAUGUCCAAAAACUGAAAAAAGUCAUACUAUAGUAUGUUGACUUUUGUCAAAUUCAAAAUGCCUAAACCUGUUUCUAAUGGGUCAGUUAUAGUCUGUUGAUACGUGUGGUAGUUUGUCCAUAAAUAGCAAAAUAACACCAUAUUAUGGGUUUUCCAAAAAUUACA